GGGCAAGGUGCUUGCGGAUUGGAAAUCCAUGUGGCGCGGGCUAAGCGCGCUAGCGACCCGGGCGGUGCGGGCGCUCGGCAGGCCAUGCGUACGCCGGAGCAGCGACGCCGGAACCUGGGCUCCCGGAAGCACCAUCUUCGCGCUCAGCUCUGGCCAGGGCCGCUGUGCCAUCGCGGUGAUCCGCACUAGCGGCCCGGCCAGCGCGCUCGCGCUCAGCAGCCUUACGGCGUCCCGGGAGCCGCCUCCGGCCCGCAGCGCCUCCCUGCGCCUUCUUCGCCACCCGCGCUCCGGGGAGCCGCUGGAUCGCGCGCUCGUCCUCUGGUUCCCAGGCCCCCAGAGUUUCACGGGUGAGGAUUGCGUGGAGUUGCACGUGCACGGAGGCCCCGCGGUGGUCAGCGGCGUCCUGCAGGCAUUGGGUAGUGUGCCAGGACUACGGCCAGCUGAGGCUGGGGAGUUCACCAGGAGGGCAUUUGCCCACGGAAAGCUGAGCCUGACUGAGGUGGAAGGACUGGCGGAUCUGAUCCACGCAGAAACUGAAGCCCAGCGUCGUCAGGCGCUGAGACAGAUGGAUGGGGAGCUGGGCCAACUGUGUCAAGACUGGGCCAAUAUCCUCACCAAGGCUCUGGCCCACGUAGAGGCCUAUAUUGACUUCGGAGAGGAUGACAAUUUGGAAGAGGGUGUGUUAGAGCAGGUGGAUAGAGACAUCCGAGCCCUGGAGACUGCCCUGGGUUCCCAUCUUCGAGAUGCCAGGCGUGGUCAGAGGCUGCGUUCAGGGGCACAUGUUGUGGUGACUGGACCCCCCAAUGCCGGCAAGAGCAGUCUGGUGAAUCUGCUCAGCCAGAAACCUGUAUCCAUCGUGUCCCCAGAGCCAGGGACCACUCGUGAUGUGCUGGAGACCCCUGUGGACCUGGCUGGGUUCCCUGUGUUACUGAGUGACACUGCUGGGCUUCGGGAAGGUGUGGGCGCGGUUGAACAGGAGGGUGUGCGCAGGGCUCGCCAGAGGUUGGAACAGGCUGACAUCGUCCUGGGGGUACUGGAUGCCUCUGACCUGACCUCCCCCUCCAGCUGCAGCUUCCUGGACACUGUAGUGACCCCACUGGUAGCACAGAGCCCUGACCGUGUCGUACAGCGCCUCCUGCUGCUCCUCAACAAAUCGGACCUGCUUCCCACUAGUGCCCUGACCAGUGACAACACUCUCUUAGGGAUACCACACCUGUCGCUGUCCUGCCGCACUGGAGAUGGGCUAGAGGGCCUCCUGCAGGCCCUGAAGACUGAGCUGGCUGCUGUGUGUGGGGACCCAUCUACAGGACCACCACUCCUGACCCGAGCUAGGCACCAGUACCAUCUUCAGAGCUGCCUGGAUGCCCUGAGCCACUACCAGCCCGCCACAGAUCUGGCGCUGUCAGCCGAGGCCCUGCGCCUGGCUCGCAGGCACCUGAGCCACCUCUCGGGUAGAGGAGGCACCACAGAGGUCCUAGACCUCAUCUUCCGGGACUUUUGUGUGGGCAAGUGAGGGCCAGAGCCCAGGAAUCGGGCCCACAGAAUUCCACCAGAUCUUGAUCUAAAAUGGCAGCAGAGGGCAGGAUCCACAGCCCUCAGGCCUGUUCCCUCCACAAUGAACAGAGAUAGGCCAGGUAUACCAGAAUGGCUACCCCCUGGCUACUGAGAUUAAGGCCUACAUCACCAUGCCAGGUAUAUGUAGUGCUGAAGGUGAAACCCUUGCAGGGUUUUUGUUUUGUUUUGUUUUUUAAGUACCAAAGGAAUAUGAGGAGUUCGGGUGAUCCAGAAAUGUUUGUUCUCAAAUACCAGCCAGGGUUCCCUUCCACAAGUUUGCCUGUGUGUUUUUUCUCUGUGGCGUCAUGUCACUCAAAUAUAUUUAUUU